AUGACCAGAUCAUCGGAAGGGCUACCCAAGGUGCGGUGUGUGGCAAGAGCGAGAAUACCUACUACUCAGGGCCCAGAUAUAUUCUUACAUUUGUAUGCCAACAACAUUGAUGACAAGGAACACUUGGCGAUAGUGUUUGGCGAGGAUAUAAGGUCGCGGUCGCUCUUCCAGCGAAGAGCUGGCGAGACGCAGAGAGAUCGGAUGAUUAGAGGUGCGUAUGUGGGGAAACUGUAUCCCGGGAGAGAGGUCGCUGAUGAGGACGAUAGAUUAGGACUGAAAUUGGAGUUUGAUCGUGAAACGGGCGAGUUGAUUGCAGACUCUCGCAGCACUUGGGACGGCUACGAUCAUGAUACGCUGGUCAGGAUUCACAGCGAGUGCUAUACCGGGGAGACUGCGUGGAGUGCGAGAUGCGACUGUGGGGAGCAAUUCGAUCGUGCUGGACGUUUGAUUGCGUGCGAGCAUGAGGCCAGCACAGGCAUCGUCGGGGGAUCCGGACACGGUGUAAUAGUGUAUCUGAGACAAGAGGGGCGCGGGAUCGGGCUAGGCGAAAAACUGAAGGCAUACAACCUUCAGGAUCUCGGAGCAGACACGGUUCAGGCCAAUCUCUUGCUCGAGCACCCGGUGGACGGCAGAGACUUCUCCCUGGGGAAGGCCAUACUGAUAGACUUGGGCAUCCACAACGUACGGCUCUUGACGAAUAAUCCGGACAAGAUAGCGCAGAUAGAACAACCACCCUUGAUCAACUGUGUGGAGCGAGUCGCCAUGAUCCCCAUUCAUUGGAGCUCGGAGGAUGCAGGCAUUCAUUCUGUCGAGAUCGAAGGUUACUUGACUACUAAGAUAGAACGGAUGGGCCAUCUCUUGCAGAAACCACUGAAAUUGCACUCCAAGACCACGACGACCACGACCUUGAACCCGGCUUGA